AUGGCGGCUGAGCUCCGGCUGAAAAUCACGCAGACAAAAACCUCAAGGCGGUUGGACACCCGAUAUUGGCAGACACAGUGCCCAUUAACCCCUACAAGAUAUGGGGAAAAAGACCAAAAGACUAAAAGACUAAAAACUCUGACCGGGGACAGCUCUUACAGCAUCAGCGACCUUCUGCAACCGCAGCCUAAACCUAAAAUGGCGGCGCCACCCGACUCCCCUUAUUCCUCCUCCGAGGAAGAGGGCUUGGAUGCCCCUAAUGAAAUCCCUCACACAGUUGGGCAUAUAGCCACACUGCCAGCAGAAGACUUACAAGCUCUGGCCACGAAGGGGGACAUAAAGGCCCUCAUGAAUAAUAUCCUGGCCUUCAAUGCUGACCUCGACAUUAUCAGGGAGAAUGUACCGAGUUGUACCGUUCAUCCAAAGAGUUUAAGCUGGGGGGCACUCAGUAAUGAUCACUAUACUCAGUAA